AUGGCUGUACGCAGCAAUCUCAGCCGGCAGGCUGCUGAGGAGGAGGCCGAAGUCGACGUGAUCAGGUCUCAUCUAGAGACAAGGGCGCAGAUGACCAAAAAGAUCGAGGCAGCCCUGGUCAAGGUGGUGAACAACGGAAACACCCUCGAUGGCGCUGUGCAGUCGCUGGGAACGGAGACCAAGAAGCUGCAGGAACUGAUCCAGAACAUCAGGUCCACGCGUGCCGAACUCGAGAGGAUCUCCCAACAGGCCGACAGCAAGAACGAUGACGAGAAGAUCAUCCGCAUGGGCCCGGAGAAGGCCGGGCUGACACAGUAUAUCAACGCGCUGAAGCGGCUGUACAAGACCUUGAACGCCUCCAAGACAUCGAGCCUGCGAACCACACAGGACGCGGUAGCAGAUCUGCAGAGGCUGAUCAAGUCCGGGAAUACGCAACUCGAGGCUUACUUUGACAAGCUCCUGCGAAGCGACACGCCGCGGUCCAUCGAGCCGCUCCGCUACAUCACCAAGAACGAGCCUUUCCCUGUCCUCUCCGAAGAUAAGAACUCCAAGCUGGGCGUGCUGAACGACUACAUCGCCAGGACACACCGAGAAAGCGGUGUCAGCGAGGAGUCACCAGCAGCCAAGAUCUACGCCGAAGUCCGAGGGCCUUACAUCCAAUUCACAUUAGCGAACCUGGCAUCUGCUAGUAUCACCACUGUGAAGAAGAAAAAUCCGACGGAUAUCUAUCGGGCUGGACCAAUGAGCGGCAUUGCCAUGUAUGCCCAGGCGAUCGAGGGCCUCUUGCGCGCCGAGUAUGAGAGUAUCUGCCGAGUCUUCUCGCGCGAGGACUGGGGUCCAGUCUUUUUGUCGACCAGUCAAGGCUCCAUCGCGGAACUGGCCAGGACGUUACGGGAACUGAACAUGCACAUUAAACAGCACUUGGCCGUGGACUGUUUCCUCGCGUAUGAAAUAGUGGAGGCUGUCUCAACCGUCUCCAACAACCUGGAGCAGGCAACUGGAGAGCUGAAGAUGCCGCUCACGUCGGCGCUCAAACCUAUCAAGGAGACCGCAAAGUCAUCUCUGUCUGAGCUGCUGGAGCUUAUGAAACAGAGGGUCAACGGUCUGCAGGCCUUACCUGCGGACGGCGCCCCAAUUCCGAUCGUUUCCGAGUCUAUACGGUCACUUCAAGGCAUGGUUGCCUUCAUACGUCCCGUGUCGAACAUCAUGAUAUCUCUGGGCGACGGUGGCUGGAAGUCUGCGACAGCGGCCAGGGGCGGAGUGGACAAUACGCCGAAUCUUUCCUCGUUCGACGUGACUGCAGACGGUCAACAGAUAUUCGGAAAUUACUGUAUCGACACGAUCGAGACGCUCUUCUCCUCGCUGGACGCCAAGGCAAGGAUGCUGUUUGGCAAGAAACCAGUGGUCGGCGUCUUCAUGGCCAACAACAUUACCAUCAUUGACCGAAUGGUUCGCGAAUCCGACCUCUGGCCACUACUGGAGCAGAAGAUGCCAUUUGUCAUCGACACCUGGCGCAAGAAGUCCAAGGGCUUGUACCUGGACAUGUGCAAGGAUGUAUCGGUGCACCUGCUCGACACAAUCCACACGUCGAGGGCGCAGCGGCCAACCUCGGGCCAAGGCGCUGUCGACUCGGCGUCCAUCAUGAAGGCCCUAUCAUCCAAGGACCGCGACAACAUCAAGGGCAAGUUUGUGGCCUUCAACGCCAGCUUCGACGAGAUGGUCAGGAGCCACAAGUCGUUCAAUAUGGAACCUGAGGUGCGGCGCAUGUUUGCGCGGGACGUGCAGCAGACGGUCGAACCGCUGUAUAACCGGUUUUUUGACAGGUAUCAUGAGGUCGACAAGGGCAAGGGCAAGUAUGUCAAGUACGACAAGUCGACCAUGUCCGGUGUCUUCCAUUCACUAUACUAG